GCGGCGCAGCGUGCAGGCCAGUCGCCCACCAGCCACCGCCCCAGAUACGACCCGAGCGACACUUCCGGCGUGCCUCACUCUUCUCCCGGUCACGUCCUCUUCUCGUCCUUCCAGCCUCUUCGUCCUCUCUUCUUCGUGCGUCCCUCAGUCGUGCGCGCCCGACUCGUCGUCGUCAUCGCCGUCGUCGUCGAUUCGCCCGCGAAACAAUCCCGACACAACCCCUCGAACGAAAACGACAAUAUGCUGAUCGGUCUCGUGCGCGACUCGGUGCUCCAGUGCUUCUGUCACAGCUGCAAGGCCCCGCUGGGCGUCGUAGCCGGACCUAGGAGGAAUAACGCGCCUUUCAAGAAGCCCAACGGCAAGGGCAAACCGCGGACCAAGCAGCCGAAGAAGGUGAAGUUCAUUACAACCGAGAUUAGAUGCCAGGAGAAAUCCAAGGGUGGAUUAUGCUACGAGGUGAUCUUGGCGGAGCCAACGGUGCCUAAGAGGGCGCCGUCGCCGCCGCAGACGACCCCGACCCAGCAGACCGCGAUCGAGGACAAGCUGAGAGCCGCCGAGGAGCGGAGGCUGUCGUUGGAAGCGCAUAAGCUUGCCGCCCUCGCCUCCAAGCUCAGCAAGAUCGAGGAGGCUUCCCGCAAGAAGGAUGAGCUGAGCGCGGCCUUCAUCGCCGCCACUCGCGAGUCUCUGGACGCGAAGAUGAAUAACACGGAAGAGAAGCGAGAGGCGCACAUUGCCGAGCUGAAGAACAAGCUGAAGGAGCAUUUGGAGAGUGUCGAAAAGACUCGCUUGAGUCUGGAGCAGCAAACCGAGGAAGUCCGAUGCGCCGUCGAGGAGAAGCUGAAAACUGCCGCUGCCCAACGUGACGAGAACAUCAAGAGGAUGCUGGAUCGUCUCAAGGAGCAUGAGGAGCAAGUCGCUCGUGUACGCCAGGGAAUGUCGGAGCGUGUGCAGCAAUUGGAGUCCCAAAUUCAAGGCAAGCUGGAACAAGCACGCGAACGUCGCGAGACCAUCGAGCGCGAGCAGAAGGAGAAGCUGCGCAAUCAUAACACGGUCAAGAUAGAGAAAAUACGUGAGACGGCGGCGAGAGAGAUCCUGGUGAAAAAGUUCGAGUUCGACAAGAGGGUGUCGACUGCGGAGCUGAAUCGGCAGCGAGAGAUCCAACGUCGCGUGCAGGCAAUUCGCCACCACCAUGAGAGGCGCGCCGAGAUCGUAAGACAGAACAAGGCCGCUCUGGAUCGUCAGGAUGGAAUUCUGGCGGACGCGCUGCAGCCGGCUGUCCUGCCGGUGGAGAACGAGACUGCCAGCUCCGGCUAAAUAUCGCAUCCAUGUCAAGGCCGCUUCGAGCGCGCCCCGCAAGGCUCCGUUUCGCUUUGUGCCAUUAUUUUCUGACUCGAAGUAAAACGGGAGGUCGAUCGCGCACCGCAUCCUGUCCGCAUUUCGAGCAGGCAGAGAGAAGAGAGAGACCGCGCCGUGUCUCCCUUCCGGUUCCUCGAGAUAGCGCGGACAAUACUGCCUUUCGUCACGAUAUUCCCACUUCGGCAACGUUACGCAUUAGUCCGCACGGUUCUUUGAAAUUAGCGGGAGAGAGCGAGCGUGGUGAUUCGGACAAAUUGUUGCGAAAGAUUGGCUGCGAGAGGGUUCUGACAGGUAUGUCGAUUCUUUUUGGAAUUCUAGAGUUUGGUUUAUAGGGUUCGAGAAUUCCGAGAUAUAAAUGAAAUUCGAAAAUUUACUCGCAGUUACAAUGACAUCAAGAUUGAGAUACUUGAACAUUUAUAGAUUCGGAGCUUUUAGAACCUAAAGAAAAACUUUAUUCCCUUUAUUAUUAUCUAAAAGUUUAAGAUUGGGUAAAAGAUCUAUGUACUUCGAAAUCAAAAUAUUCAAAUAUGUAGAAAUGUAAAAUUUCUGAAAAGAAAGAGAAAGGAAGAGUAUCAGAAUUUUUCACUUCUUCUCGAAUAAUGCAAUAACAUUGCAAGCCGUAUAAAAUCCAAAGAACUUCUAUAAAAUAAUUUAAAGAAUUUUCCCAAAAAGACAAUUAUUUUUCACACAAAGAUUAAGUUCAAAAAAGCUGAAGUGAGAUUUAAAGUAUUUUUGAAAGGUUCAAAGCAAAUAUGAUUAAAUUGAAUAUGGUAUCCGAAAUAUCUGGCAUAUCGCCUAUUAAUAUCAAGAGAUAUAUUACAUUUCUGUUCUCCGUUUCCUAUUUUUUUUUUUUUGAAAGUUUAAGAAAUGUUUCUUUUUCUCAAACAAAAUUUCUAAAAAUUUUUGAGUUUUUUAAUAUAAAAGAGAAAAAAGAAUUUAACGCGAAACCUUAAAGAUACUUUAAUGUAUUAAAAAUACAAAGUAACGUUCUCAAUUUUUUUUGAAUAAUUAUGUAAUUUUUAUUUUCGUUAAAUUAUAUUUUUUCUUUCUCCCUGUUCUAUUUUCGCGUUAUCGCUAUCUCAAUCUUGUUGUCGAAUGAGUACGAAAAGAAAUCUCGAUGACAGCUACGAUCGAUUAACCGUAAUUACCGAGUAGUCUUUUUGGAUCGCAACACACAGCGCAUCGUUUCUCGAGGGUGAAAGAGAUGAAGGGUUUUGGAGGGAGGGGGAGAAGGAGAUAUGGAAAUUGGAGAUAGAGAGAGAUUAACGGAUUACUAAUAAAUCACUAUCGCUACAACUAGAUUCUAAGUGGUGCGACUGCGGCUCUGUGUGCGCGCACGCACACGCACGGGGAGGUGUGUGUGUGCGAUGUGUGCCGACGUGUUAAGCACAUUUAUGAUUAUAUAUAUAAAUAUAAUAUACAUAUAAUUAUAAUGAUAUAUUAUUAAUAAUAAUAAUAUUAAUAAUAAUGAAUAGUGCUUUAUACUAGGCUUGAAAACUUGAGAAACCAUUUUGUACUCAUUGUAAUAUUACUGCGCUAACCGAAAUGAGAAACAUUCACACGAGACAUGUAGUCUAACGGAAUAUGAUAAUGUGACGCUUCUGUGAUGACUUUAAUUAUUUGUCAAAAUGUGUAGCGUUUAAGUGCGGGCGAGAGCGAGCGACAGAGCGAAUGGGACUGAGUGCGUGUGAGUAUGUGUGAAAAAUACAGAAAAAGAAAAAAGAGAAAAAGAUACUUUUGUUUCUUCAAGUUAGCACGGUUGUCGUGACCAGGCAAAAGUUUGCUCGUGUCAAGAAAUUUAUAUAUAUAUACGGUAUAAUUUUGUUAGAAUCAAUUUUUCGGUGCGCGGAGAUGAACUUUACACCAAUUGUUACGUCAAUCAAACGCAAACAAACGCCAUCAUUAUUCUGCGUGUCUGCCGCAUCGAAAUCAGAAAGUUGAAAUUUAAAAGCCCAUUGAAAUUGCACCGGCUUUGAUUGAUACUUUACAAGCUACAUACUUUACAUACUUUGCGCGCGCGCAAAAAGAAAGAAAGCGAACAAGCUCAAAGCUUAAAAGAAGAGGAAUAUUACGAUAUUUUUUUAUGUUUAUAGACGAGCUCUCUCUCUUUAAAAGUAAUCUGGCUUAAUUAACUAAUAGAUAAUCUUUGAACGCAUUUUGAUAUCGAUAAUAAUAUAAAUCAGUUUAUCCUAUAGACGAUUGCUUUCUCUACUUGUAUGUUCAAGAAACUAAAGAUAAAGAGGAGCCAAAGAUGUAAAAAUCUUAAAGGGCUUGCGCAGAAACAUUUGGCUCGCAAAGAUUAGAGAGAUACGUGGUAUGAGAAUGCAAAUCUAAACUUUUUCAAAGAUCCAAUAUAAACUUUGCGAAUUUAAAAAAAAAGUCAAAGAAUAAAGCUUAGUGAGAACUUAAGCCUUGGUCACAGUACCGCUGCAACCCAAAGGGUUAGAGAAACAUGACAGACCGUAACUGUACCCAUAUUCAUCAGCUUGCGUCUCAUAAUUCGGAUCAGUAGUUCCCAAGUUUGAGCGAUUUUUUUAUACGAUUAAUUUGAUUUGCGCAAUAUUAAUUGUAGCUUAAUCGGAAAUGAAAAGAGCCCUUAUCAUACAUCACUUGAUUAUUUAAAAAAUGUUCUAAAUUCUUAUAAAUUUUACGAUUUUCAGAAUCUAAGACUCAAAAAGUUUUAGACCUAAGAUUCUGAAAAGGAUUUUAUUCAUUGUAGAAUUCUUGAUAAUUAACUAUAUUAUUUUUCUGUAUUAUAUUCAUCAUGUUACACAGUUUUAUUAAUUCUUAUACUUCAGGUACAAAUCAUAAUUUAUUUUAUAAUUUAUGCUAUUUUUUUUUGUAAGCAUAAACAGAUCUUCGUUAUUUCGUAUCUUGAUUCUUGGGAAUCUGGUCGUUUUUGCAUUGACAGCGCGCAUUUAGUUCUAAUUUUACCUGGAGUAUAAAAUUUAAUUUUAUAAUUUCCUAAAUUUCUAGCGUAAAAAAUUACAAAAUAUUCCGUAAGAAUUCAAAAUUUUGAAAUUUAGUGUCCUAGAAAAAUUCUCAAUUUACUUAAAUUUCUAGCUACACAUCCUAUAGCAUUUUUCUUGUUUCUAAAACCAAACAGAGAUCUUUCGAAAUUCGAUUCUUUCAGUAAGUUCAGUAAUAUUAAUAUAAUAAAUGUAAUAUAAUUAACAUAUUCGUCCUCUGCGUAAUAACACUUCACUGCAAUAACGCUUUGAUAUAAUUUACAUGUGAUUUACGAGAGGGCUAAAUGCGCGUUUCCGACACAACAUAAGAAAUUCUCACAAAACGCCUAAUUGCACCGAAUACUAAUUAAGCGUGGAAGUUAAUGAGCGUAAGUGCGGAAAAGAUGAAGGGAAGAAUGGGCGACGAGAAAUUUCCAGAGAAUUUUCGGACAGAGCGAAGAGAAAUUUGUCUUGCCGUGUCGCGACGAGUGAUGGGUAACGUCUAUUUUUGCAUCAUUGUUGUGAUCCUUUGGAAAUUGUAUCAUCGUGUAAUGAUUAUAGGCGUUCCGCGACGUAUGUAUGUUAUUAUCCUCGACUUGCGUUGCGAUAUAUACAGGGUGACUUGUAGAAAGCACGCAAGAGUACUAAAUAUUCAUUCCUGAUUAAAACACAAUGUCGUAUUAGAAACGGAACUUCGUAUUCUUUCUUUGGGGCACUCUGUAUAAAUGUGUAUAGAUUUCUGCGUGAUAAUGCAUAGUUAUAUAUGAUGAAUUGAAAAUCAUUAUUCUUUCAAGAAUAAACUUAAAUGAGAGAAGUUUCAAUGAAUUCAAGAGAAAAUAAAAAGGGAACAAAUUCAAAAAAGAAACUAUUCGAGAAAUCGUAGUUACUUUAUAUUAAUUCUCUUUAAAAUUUUAUUACAGAUGUAAACAUUAUAUGUUAAACAUAAUUUAUUAUUAAUUUAUUUUUAAAUUAUUUUUCUGAAUUAUUUUCUUAAUAUAUAAAUCGUAAAUUAUUACAUAUGAUAAUAUUAUAUUAGAAUAUAUUAUAUUAUGUUUACGAUAUGAAAGUAGACGUAAUAUAAUUACUAUAUUUUUCCCAGUAUAUAAAUAUUGUCAUGUUUUAGAAAUAUUGAAUUAUUAUAAUCACAUGAUUUUCAAUUCAUCUGAUGUAACGCAUGUGUCCUCACGGGCUUUGGUAUUGUCUCUCAUGGUGAAGAACGUGCGAGAAAGAGAUAACUAAACGAAAUAUAUAUAUAAAUAUAUAUGCGAGAGCGGAAGAAGAGGAUUAUUGUAUCGCGAUAUUACUAAUCGCGUCUUGCAUUGGCUGCCUUCGAUAUAUUUCUUUCAGUUUCUGUUCGAGGUAAUGUGUGUCAAAUGAGAACUCGAUUGUGUGUGAAGUAAAAGGCCAUACCUACACGCACCA